CGAGACCCACCAAAGACAAAACCGAAAUGACCCGGCGACGGUUGGCAGAAACCUUGUAGCAAUGUUCUCCAGUUUCUUCUCCUGGUGGUCACCAUCACCGCCAGCUCCAGCUCCGGAGAAGUAUGACCCUACAAAUCCCAAAAUGAACCCUCUUAACCCGAAGGGUCUCAAGCCAUGCUGCGCAUGCCCAGAAACAAAGGCCGCUCGUGACGCUUGCUUCCUUGAGAAAGGUGGAGACCAGGGUCAGUGCGCUGAAGUUCUUAAGAAGCAUGUCGAAUGCAUGCGUUCGCUCGGGUUCGAGAUAUAACUCGCAUAUGACACUUAUAUUUAUUUAUGCUAAUUACAACUAGAAACGACAUAGAUUUUAUGUAGCCAGCUCACACAAUCCAUUAGUUCUGCUCCCCUCAUCCCUGUGGCAGACAAACGACGAGUUAAGGACACAUACCUCAUAGUCCGGAUGUCUCGUCCCUCCUGCAUUGUUCGCAGGAGUACAAUUCUGGCUUUUGCGUUUCAUGCUGGCAAGCUAUCGGACCAACUUCUACCAGGAGAGGUUUAAAUC